GUCGGCACUUUCGGACAAUAGGAUACGUUUGAUGAAUGAAAUCAUAAAAGGCAUGCGAGUCAUCAAAAUGUACGCCUGGGAGAGACAUUUCAACGCACUUAUAUCGGAGGCCCGACGCAAAGAGAUGUCGCAAAUCCGUAAGUCGACUGUAUUGAAGGCCCUGAACAACAGCAUAUCGAUGAUCAGUCCGCGAGCCAUCAUAUUCGCCAUAUUCAUCGUACAUGUGCUCACGACUGGCCAUUUGGGGGCGGAGUCUGUGUUCGUAACGAUGAACAUCUUCAACGCCCUGCGCUUCACAAUGACAUUCGCUUUCCCACAAUCGGUGGCGUUGGCCGCAGAGCUGUACGUGUCGUGCAAACGCAUCCAGAAAUACCUACUCUUAGAGGAGGUCCGCGACAGACAAUACAUUACACACCCGAUGACAGGCGACGGCAAAGACCCCGAUAUCGACGCCAAAGUUCCGUUGAUUAGUGACCACCAAAACGACGGACAUCUCGACGACCAUCACAACGAGGACUGCAGUGUCAGCGUUAGGAAUAUGUCCGCCGCUUGGGAUCCGACAUUAGAGAACCCGACUCUCAAAGGCAUUACCGUCUCAUUAGCGCCGGGAGAGCUGUUGGCAGUGAUAGGACCCGUCGGCUCCGGCAAAAGCUCGUUUCUGAUGUCACUGUUGGACGAGAUUGAGGUGACCGCAGGUCACGCGUCAGUGAGGGGUAGCGUCGCGUACGCGGCGCAGGAGUCG